GGCCCCGCCCCGGCUGUGGCCCCCGGCUGCGGAGAAGUCUGAAACGCCGCUGCCGCGCCGGGGCCUGAGUGGCCGCCUCCUCCACCGCCGGGGGAGCCGGAGCGCCCCGCACAGGUUUAGACCUAGCCUGCCUGCUGGGCUGUGCCCAGGUUCAGAGCCAUGCCCGUCGGUGGGUGAAGUUUGAGGCAGUGAUGGAGCCACUGCAGCCUCGGCAGAAGCAGCAGCAGCCGCCGCCGCCACCACAGCCACAUGUGGCUCCUCUGCGGAUGGAUGUCAGAGAGAAGCAGGGGCAACAGAUGAGAGAGGCCCCGCUCUUGUAUGCCCAGAAGCUGGUCACACAGCAGACUCUUCUUUCUGCCACGCCUGGGAGGCCUUCUGGCAACCCUACCCUGGGUCCCUUAGCCAGAGUUCCACCAGCCACAGCAGUGGCCCGAGUUUUUGAACGGAGCAUGGUGAACUCAGAGCCUCAGGAAGAGGAAGGAAGUUUGGAAGAUGAGGAUGGGGAUGAUGAAGUUGAAGAGGUGGCUGAGAAAGAAGCCCAGGCUGCUUCAAAAUAUUUUGAUGUGCAGAAAGUGGCUCGUCAAGACCCCAGAGCAGCACCCGUGUCUGGUCUACUUCCAGCGCCAGGGCUCCCACCACAUGGACAGCAAGCUAAGGAAGACCAUACCAAAGAUGCUUCUAAGGCCUCAGCUUCAGUCUCCACAGCAGGGCAGCCGGGCUGGAAUCUGGAUGAGCAGCUCAAGCAGAAUGGUGGUUUGGCCUGGAGUGAUGAUGCGGAUGGAGGCCGGGGAAGAGAGAUCUCUCGAGAUUUUGCCAAGCUAUAUGAACUGGAUGGUGAUCCGGAAAGGAAAGAGUUCCUGGACGACCUCUUCGUCUUUAUGCAGAAGAGGGGGACCCCCAUCAACCGAAUCCCCAUCAUGGCCAAGCAGAUCCUGGACCUGUAUAUGCUGUAUAAGUUGGUGACAGAGAAGGGGGGCCUCGUAGAGAUCAUCAACAAAAAGAUAUGGAGGGAGAUCACCAAAGGCCUGAACCUGCCCACGUCCAUCACCAGUGCCGCCUUCACCCUGAGGACCCAGUACAUGAAGUAUCUCUAUGCCUACGAGUGCGAGAAGAAGGCCUUGAGCUCCCCGGCUGAGCUCCAGGCAGCCAUCGACGGCAACCGGAGGGAGGGCCGGAGGCCCAGCUACAGCUCCUCCCUCUUCGGCUACUCGCCCGCUGCUGCCUCUGCUGCUGCCGGGGCCCCUGCUCUCCUCUCUCCACCCAAGAUCCGCUUCCCUAUCCUUGGGCUGGGCUCCGGCAGUGGCACCAAUGCCAGCGGCCCUCGGAUAUCCCCAGCAGCCACUCUCAGGAAAGGUCUGCAGGGCCCUUGGGAGGAGGGAGGGCAGGGAGGAAGGGCACCAAGUUCCCCAGGUCGAAGACACAAGUGGGAGGAUGGAUUAUGGUUGGGUCCAGCCCUGGUGCCUUUGUCAGGUGAUGGAGUCCCAGUGACAACCGUGCCCGUGCCAAAUCGCCUGGCUGUGCCCGUUACCUUGGCUGGCCAGCAGGCCGGUACCCGGACGGCCACACUGGAGCAUCUGCGGGAGCGGCUGGAGUCAGGGGAGCCCCCUGAGAAGAAGGCGUCCAGGCUGUCGGAGGAGGAGCAGCGCCUGGUGCAGCAGGCCUUCCAGCGCAACCUCCUCAGCAUGGCGCGCCAGCUGCCCAUGAAGAUCAGGAUCAACGGCAGGGCAGAAGACAGAGCAGAGGCCUCGGCCACAGCACUGAACCUGACCACAGGCAGCAUCGGGAGCAUCAACAUGUCUGUGGACAUCGACGGCACCACCUAUGCAGGUGUGCUGUUUGCCCAGAAGCCUGUGGUCCACCUCAUCACAGCAUCCGCUCCCCAGAGCAUCAGCAGCAGCACCAGCAGCAGCGGCAGUUCUCACUGCUCUCCAAGUCCUACCUCAUCCCGGGGCACCCCCAGUGCAGAGCCCUCCACCAGCUGGUCCCACUGAGGGCAGGACCCAGCUUCUCACUCCCCACUCUCCCACCGAGAGAUGGGAUGCACAGCAUUUACCUCAUCUCACGGAGACCACGUCAAACCCCAUUUGGCCAGAUGUUGAGAGUUUGGACGUGUCCGUCUGUCCAGGCUGCAUUCAGGUCCUGCUGUACUCUAGGGACAGGGGGAGGCUGGAGGGGCCUGAACAGGGCAGCGUUGUUCAAUCAGGGAUUGUCCUGGAGAACUGGGCGGGGUCUGUGGGCGUCCAGCUUCCUCUAGGGCUCCCAGGCCACCUCCCAUCCCGGGCACAGUGUAUUGACAAUCUGUAAGCUGACACAGGGCUGGAGGCCCUCCACAUCCCUUCCCCUUUAAUUUAUUUUCCUUCCCCUGCCUUUGGCCGUGACCUCAGGGUCACUGGUCUCUUCCCCUGCUCAGUCCCCCAGUCUUUAACUCCCAUGUGGGGCUGCUAGGAGCCAAGAGCAUGCCUUCAUGGUUCUAAUCUGCUGAGCAUGGGAUGGGGUCCUCCCACUCCCAGCCCACUUUGCCUACCAUGAGUGGUUCCUGGGGUGUAGGUCCCUCUGAUUCAAGUCUUGGAGCAGUCCUCAGGGCCCCAUAUCCCCCUUUUAAUGGUCCCAGGAAAGGGCUCGUGAGGGCAGUCCUCAGGACCCAGGGCCUGCUGGACAUUGCCAAGGGAGAGGCAGAGCUGCAGGGGCUGCCCGGUCAGGCCCUGGCACCCUCUUCACUGACCCUUUUCUGACCCUCCCAGACCUCACGCCCCACUCAGCCGGGUUUGCCAGCUCUCCCAGGAACAGCCCACUUGUCCCUUGGGCCCCCCUUCUCAUGGGGCCAUCUCAGCCCCAGCAUCCCCAAACCUGCCAAUGUCAGGUUCAUUGAAAUACCUCAGAUUUGUAAUUGUUGAUGUUUGAUUCUUCAGGAAGUAUUUGCAUCUCUGAAAUCUUUUUUAUAUGUGUUUGCUGACUUUUGUUUUUUUUACUUUAAAAUUUUUAUUGUUGUUAUUGUAGCACCAAAGAAACGAAAGCCGAUCACCCCCAAAGCCGAGCAAAUGAUUUGGUACCCCAGCCCCUCCGGCCCUUCCCCAUGACCCCAGCGAGGGGGCAGGGGAGGCCGCAGGAGAGAUGACUCAGGGAUUGCAGUGGCAGGAUGAGGUGGAACGGAGAGGCUGGCUCUCGCACAGGCUGGGUCCUGAAACCACACUGGUUCUCAAGAUGGCCCUUGACCCAUUUCUGGCCAGAAGUGGGGCAGUCCCACAUCCCUAUGCCCAGCUCAGCAGAGUGGGGCCAGGGCAUCUCCCUCUCACUCAGCAUUCCCUCCUCAGGACAGGUGCGGGCUCGUCAGAGCUCGAGCUGUCCCAGAAGGUGAGGAGAUGCUGAGAGAGCUCUGGGGUGGAGCAGGCUGCCCCUGUGUUGUAAAGAAGAGGGGUUCUCACACAGGGCCCACCUCUCAGUCGAGGCAGCCCUGCAGUGCUCAGUAGAACCCCCCACCCACCAUGAGGCCGGUGGGCUGCGGCGGCGGCAGCCCACAGUGGCACAAGCCCACUCGUGGCUGACGUUCAUCCCUGUCUAGGAAAGGAAGGGAAAGGGAAAUCAAAAGAUUGAGCACAAAACAGAUACCUCAGCCCAGUGAACUGCAGCUUUGCUGGACUGCAUCUUCUCUCUCCCCUCCCCCACACCCCGCACGCGCACGCGGACACACACACACACACACACACACACACACACACACAGAGCCCCAUCCAGUGGGGGCUGCCCCUCCCCUGGCCUCGGAAGCCUUCCUACCUUACCCACCAGGCCAGUGCAGGGCUUGGGCAGAGAAGGGUGUCUGGGGUCUGUGCCAGGGAGGAGCCCAGUCGGCUGGCACUGGGCCCACCUGAAGGCAUCACAGACAUUUGGCCAGUGUGUCUUUCUCAGGGGUUUGGUCAUGAAGGAUGGACUUUAACCACCCAGAGGACGCAAGGACGGCGCACUGUUUCUUCCUGGUCAUUGGGUCCUCUUCCUUUCCCCAAGCAGAUUGCCCAGCUUUACCCUCCCAGGGAGCCCUCAGAGCCUUCAGGGCCAACAGCCGGGUCUCAGCCUGAAAGCCCAAGGGUGGGAGAGCCUGCAGGCGCCCCCAGAAUGGGGCCCUGGGCCAAGAGAAGCUUUCCCUGAUGGUGCAGCCCUGAGACCACAUGGCAGCCGUUGGCCAGGGCUGCUCUGUCCCCUCCCUCUCCCCAUCUUACUUGUACUCUAACCAGGAAAAAUGUGAUAGCACAUGGGUAGCCUAGGCAGUGGAUAAAUACCUCAGACGUCCUCUUGCAGCAAGUGUCUGUAUAUGUUGUGGUUAUUUUCUAUCUUACAUGUUCUCGAAUGUUUAUAUUUCAAUAAACCUCUACCUCUUCACACAA